AAUAAAAUGAUUGAAUUUGAAGCUCCAAGAAAAUAUUUAUGUUUUCUGAAUCUGUAUUCUGAAAUAAAGCAUUCUAGCAAAAGCUUGUAAACUAAAAUAUUGUAUAAAUUAUUUAAUACAAAUUAUUAGACAGUAAAAGGAAUGAGUAAUUUCACACGCUCUGGGCCCUGUUUUAGGGCAAAACUACGAAAGAUAAGGCCCUUCACAGCACUACUCCUAGAUGUCUCUCAGAUGUUGGAAGACAGCGAAUUGUCUCAUUUGAAGCUUGCGAUUUUGACAGAUGGUCUAGUGACGAAGAAGGUGUUGUCCGGGAUAAAGCAUACGUCCGACCUGAUUAGGCAUCUGAAAGAACUAGACAUUGUAAAUGAACAAGACACUGAAUAUCUUGAAAACGUUUUGCUCAAAAUAGGCCGAAGAGACGUUAUCAAGACCAUUGAGAAGUAUCAUAGAAAGCGAACAGAAGCAACUGCAAAUCAGACGGUGCCGAAGGUGAUUGCCCCCUCCGACUAUACACACAUCAAGUCUAUCAAUGCAAGGUACAUACCAGUGGAAACUGAUGUAUCAUGCUCAGACUUUCCACCGAGGCUGCUGAGAGGUGAAUUGUCAGUAUUAUCCUUGUCAACUCAGCCAGAAGCUUGCCUCCAUGCCGGGUCGAAUGAGUCGGAUGACACAAAAUCAAACUCUCAGGAAAGUGCUAUGUCCAUUGACUUCUCCCAGGAAAAUAAAUGCUCACAAAUGAGCAUAAGUGAUGAUGAGAAAUCAGCAUACAUUGCUGCUUGACACAUGUACUGUACAUAAUCAUUAUGUUCAUUUUGGGGGAUUUUGAAGCCCUUGGAAAAAAUUACAAAAUGAUCCAUUCAUAUAUAUAAUUGAUGUGAUAAAGUUUCAUGUAACAAGUGGCCAGUUGUUCAGCACUUUUUUAACAUUAAGUUGUUAGUGUCUUGUCUUUAACUUUCAAAUAUUGUUAUGGACACACUUGUGAUGUGCUGUUCUUCUUACCCUUAUGAGACAACUGUGCUUGUUUUAUUUAGAUAUACCAGCACAUCAUAGAAUAUUUCACCUUUAAAAAGUAUUAUAAAAAAACUAUGCAGUUAACAACUUAAUGAAAGUCUUGAACAAUUGGCCCUUUGUUUGUGAAUUUUAAAAAUGGCAAGCAAUAUUGGUAUAGGGCCCAAAUAUUGAUAUCUCUGUGAUUGUGUUGGCUUAAUAUAUAGGUAUAACAUUUGGUGCCAGCAACAGUGGCGUCAGGGGCAGGUUUUUCGAAACUUUUUAAGUCUGUUAUAACACGAUUAAGCUGAGCUGACUGUUUCUGUUCUUUAAUAAUUUGUAAAAAAGUUAAAUUUUUGGAAGUUAUUUAACUGUUUAUUGAAGUUAUCUGUCUGAUAAUCAUGAAAAACUCAUUUUUAUUUAUCAAACUUAGGAUAAAGUGAGAACUUUUGCUAAACAAAAUAAGCUACUUAGGUCUGUUAAGCUUAAGAAGUUUCAAGAAAUCAGGGCCAGCUAAUUUUUGUGCAAAAAAAUACUUACAAAUUUUUUAUUUGUUUAUGGGCAAUGUCCAAUUUAAUUAUUUUGGUCAUAAUGUCCAUGACAAGGUUGAUGGUCAGUAAAACAAAAGGUGUUCACCUUUAUAGAGAAAAAAUAACAGUUGGCUUAUUUUUGUGUAGUCAAUAAGUGAAGUAAAUAUCAUCCAAUAAUGAAAGUAGGUGACAGCAUUUAUGUUCACAAUGUCCAGGUCAAGCUUUAUUGUCUGAUGAAAUGACCAAACACCAGAGUGAUGCGCUUUUACAUUACAAGAUAGUUGGCAUAUAUCUUGUGCAGACAAAACCUUAGUUUUAAUCAACAAAUCAUCAUGAAACUUAGUGACGUUUUUUGUGAUCAUUAAGUCCAGGCUAAGAUUGAUCGUCAAAUGAAUCAAACCUGAGUCCAUUUUACAAUAAAAUGUAGUUGUGGACAAUAAGAUUACUGCCCAUUCAUGAUGAAACCUUGUGAUCAAGUUACACCAGAGAUCAAAGUUAUGCCCAUUUACUGUAAAAUAUGAUUGGCUUACAUGUGGUUUGGAAUUAUAUAGAUCGUACAAAGGUCUCAAUUUGCAAAUCAUUUUUGCACUUGGUAUAAUAUUUUGUUCAACAAUGAUGUGCGGGCUCAUCAGGUGACAUAUAAUUCUGUGAAAUGCUAGUCAAGAAAUAAGUGUUAAGAGUAUACUUACCAUUGUUGUUAGAUUCUGUCUUUUUUCAUUUUCUGUGUUUGUAAUUCUCAUCAUUAAGCAUAAUUAUCCGAAAGGAAACUGAUUCUUAGUACCGCCCUUAGUGCCAGAAUAUCAUUUAUAUUUAUAUUGGCCUAAGUUCUAUGAUCAGCUUUUAUUUUGAUUAACCAUUAUUGAACUGUAAGGUCAGGUUCUCUCAAACUGCCAUUUCUCAAUUUUCAUACUGGGGUAUUUAAAUGUUUACCCCUUGUAAAUGCUCAGCGUCAGUAUUUUGGCAAUCAUUUUCAUAUUGUUUGUUGUUAUUCAAACUGGUGCUCUCAAGUCAUAGCUCUAGAAAGCAUUUCUGGAUAUCAUAUUUUUAAAAGAUCUACCUAGUAUAAUGCUCAUCAAUAAAUACAUUUCAUAUCAAACCAGUUAUAAAUAAGUGAUGUGUUCAUAAAUUUAAGACCUGAUCUCAGCCAGAAAGUUACAUGAUAUUGGUAUUAAUAUUAAAAAUAGAAGAGAUUGUGUCCAUAGACAUUGGUUUAUUUUUUUGUGUAUUAUUGUUUAUUUCUUUCCGGUGUAUGUGAAUUCAUUACUGGGUAUAUUGGUGCUCCUUUACAACAUGUGAAGGUUUGAAAGGUUGUGAGGGGCCUGUUUCAUAAUUUUGAUAUUAUAAUAUUUGUUUAAAUUGAACUAGUUAUUUUUAGAAAUGAACACAAAAUUUAGGAAAUAGAGAAAAAAUUUGCAACAUUUAUAAAUGGAAUUAAGAUUACAACUUUUCGGGCAUGCUGUUUUUAAAGGCAUGCACUUUGUCAUGAUCUUAAUCAUGCUUUAAUUUAUUGUUGUCUAAUGAUAUGGUUGAUUUGUCCAUUGAUUAUGGUUUAUUACAUGUACACUUUAUGAUGAUUAGAUAAUGUAGAUAUACCAGUAAAAGGAGCCACCAGUUCCAUUCUGUUGUUUAGACUUUAAUGAGAAAGUCUCUCUAUCUGUCUUUGUAUAUAUUUGAGCUUUUUUAUUUGUUAAAUUGAAUUUAGCAAACAUGUUUUGUUUAUUAUAUGAUGUAAAACAUAUGUACAGUAUUGCAUACAUGUUGUGUACAGUCAUGUAUUAAAUACAAAAACUGUACAAGAAGAUAAAUACUAUUAUUACAAGGAUAAAACAAUAAGAGUAAGGGCCACACUAAACAAAUAGUUCGUUUGAUGUCUUCCCACAUUUUCAGGUGAGUGUAGGUCCUUUUUUUGGACUUUUUUUAAUUAUUUUUCUGCCUAACCUAUUAAUUCCAUUAUGAAAAUCAAAAGAAAUAUUAUGACCAUCUGACAGAAAAACUUUCACAUUUAUUUUUUGGGUCUGGAAACUAUUCAAUAAUUGAAGCCUAAAUAAUCUGUUGACUUAGUGCAAGACGGUUGUAACUUAAUAAGAAAUAGAAGGAUUUACAAUAGUAUUGCUCUAAGGCCUCGAUUAUUAUCAAACAAUGCCUGUUUUCUGAUUGUCAGGAUUGUCAAUGUUCAUAUGCUUAUUUAACAUGUCUUUUUAAACUUGUGUUGUCAUAUAAUUUAUCUGUGUCAAAAGAAUUGACAAAAAAAUGUUCAGAAUUGCUUGCUGUUUGUUUAAUCUUGAAGUUUAAUUUGCUUUGCCUGAGUAAAUGUUCAAACAAUUAUGAUGACGAUGAUGUUUGUUCUACAUCCUGUAUCAUGAAGCUAUUUGUUUAUUUCAUUGUUUGUUUCUUAGUUUGGAUAUUAAUUUCCAGGGGUUCCAAAGUUCCGAAUUCAACCGGACAGGAUCCAUCAGAAUCAAGAGCUUUUAACUUCAGACUAUUGUUCAGUUGUUAAUAAUGUUUUUGGCUCUGACAGAUAUUUGCAUCAAAAUAGUAAAACUAGAAAGUAUCAUGAAAUGACUUUAAAUUACUAUAGAAACAAUUUCAAGAGAUCUCAACCUCUUUAUCCUGCUUUUUAUAAUCCCUCAUAUUCAAACAUGUUCGCUUGGCUAUUUUCCAGGAUUGACAUUUAUCAGCUGUUAGAACUCCUAAUGAUGCAAAAUAUCUUUUGAUCUGGCUCCAAUUUCUUAGAACUUCUGAAGUCAGUUUAACAUGAUAAAGCCAAGCUCACAAUUUUUGCUUUUCUAAAAUUUGCAAAAUAAUUACUUCUCUAAGAGGUUUAAAUGGAAUUAUACUUCUGAUUAUUACAAUAAACCAUUUUGUGUUUAUGAAAAUCUUAUUUAAGUAUGUAUUUUGGCUAAUUAAAAUUAGCUACUUAAGCCCGUUUCGAAAAAUGAAAAAACAUAUAUAGGAUAUAUUGUGAAUGCGAUAAUGUUGAAUCUUUAUUUAUUUGCAUUGACAUUUGAAAUAACAAUGUACCUGUAGUUAUGUACGACUUUCAGUAAGAAGAACUUGCUGAUUCAUUAUAAUUGUUUCUUUAGUCCCGGUUAUGAAUGUGUUAUAAAUUAUUGUUUUUUUAUGUAUUUUCAGUUAAAUGUUCUACUUCAAAAUAAAAUUCCUUCAAGUGA